AGAAUUUCCGUAUCUUCUUCAAAAUCACAGCCAUCUGAACACCGGGCAGUCUCUCGGAACACUGUUCACUACCUUCUUCCAUCAAUUCUUCCAUUGAUUGAUUGCUCCAUUUGAUUUGAUUUUUGGAACACGAGUACAUUUCAUGCUGGCGCACAUGAUAAUGAAUUCAAUUUGGGAUUUUGUGAGAAGAAGCUGUGCGAAUUGGAAGUCAACGCCCAACUCGUCACUGUUCAUCUCCUUUGCUUGAAGAUUCGAUUUUUGCUUUUUGAAGGCCAAUCUGUCAUGGCCUCACGAUUUGGGUUACCAACCUAAGGUUGGGGUAUUUUCGUAUGCCAUAUACGUUGCUGGAACUUUGCCCGUUUGCUUUCACAAAUUUGGGCUGGAAAAUGUGUUUUGUUCGCUGGUGUAUACCUUGUGCAGUGACUGGAAAUGGAAGGUUGUUUAGCCUUGACAUUGUGGUCUGUUUGGAAAUUGAUGGUGGGGAGGGAACUAGUAACUUUGUGUCUUGGUAGUGUAGGCUUGGUGGAAGGACCUUCUUACUUUGGGAGAAUGUUUAGGGUUGUUACUGACCCACAAGUGGCUGUGGGCAGCAUAUGGAUUACCUACAAUAUUUUUUGGUAAUGCUUGAGUUGCUCCCCAGAUUUUGUAGCUGGUUUGGAGCUUCUAUUUUGCACAAUUCCGUUUGAAAGUUUCUGUUUUGGAUAUGAGGGGCUGAAGAUUGGAAAACCACUGAUCUGACCAAGGAGAUCCUGCUGUUUUGGCCUUGGAAAGAUGUUUGGCUGCACAUGGAUGAAAGGAAGUGCUACUGGAUUCUGGGCAGUAGCAUCCCUUCACCUCACGUAUUUUGAGCUGAUUUUGUUUUGGAAAUUGGAAUAUGGAUUUGGGCAGCGUGGGUGUUGAUUCCACCUGUUGGUCCUCAGUUUUACCUCAUUCGAGGAGGUAAUACCAAUUGAUUUUGAGCCGAGUUAUAUGUUUAUUUUUGCCAAUUGGGUCCGGCUGGCAGGCCGCCCUUUGUCUCUUCUUGACCCUUUCAGUUGGGGUAUUUGGAAGAACUUAGGUUAUCUCGGCCAACAAGUGGAGCUUGUAGCUGACUGGUUUGCCAUCUUCUUUUUGCUUUUUUUUCUUUUAUGAGUGAGAUUGAUUGAUUGUAUGGGUUCUCAAUUCCCUUUGUGUGUAGCGGGACAUUACACAGCCUGUCCAUAUACUUUUUAUUUUCUUUCAAUAAAAGUGUUUAUUUUUUAAAAUGAUACGUAGUAAUUGUUUUAAACAGCGGCUAUUUGAUUGUUGUCUAAAGUUUCACCCAAAAUUAUGAAAGUAACGUUAGAUGGCGUACACAUAUAUAUUGUAGUGAAGUAGUUAAUCAACAGUCGUCUGACACCUUUUUUGGCGUAGUGUCUGAUCAUGAAUCAGAAUGCCUUAGCGCACGUUCGACAACCGGAACCGAGGAUCACGCUCGAGAGACUGAAGAAAAAUGGUGCCGAAGAAUUCCUAGGUGAGAACAUCUCCGAUCCAUUGAUUGCGUUUCGAUGGCUCGAGCGCGUGAGGCGCGUGUUCGAGAAUCUGAAGGUCCCGGAUAGAGAAUGGGCGAACCUAGCAGUUAUCCUUCUUCAGAGUCACGCGUACGAGUGGUGGAAACGCACCACUCGGAACGCGGACCACCCCGCCCAACUAACGUGGGCGUACUUUGAGCAAGUGUUCAAGGAGGAGUAUAUCGUAGAGUCGUUUGUGGAAGAGAAACGAGAAGAGUUUCUACAGCUCGAGAUGGGUACGAUGAGUCUUCUUGAGUAUCGUCAGAUGUUCGACCAUCUCGCUGAGUUCGGCCAGGACUUGGUGAACACCACCAAACGUCGUUGCGAUAGGUUCGUGAAGGGCAUGCGCCCGAAACUUCAGAAGCACAUGUCUACUGCAUCUAGGCAAGACUUUGGUGUUAUGUACGAACAGGCCAAGGAAGUGAGCGAGCGUACAACCGCUGCAUCUCAACGUCCACAAAGACCACAACAACCUGCUGCACAACAACAAGCUAGAGCUCCAGCUAGGACUUACGCCAUGCAUGGAAGAAUUGAUCAUAAUCCAGACGUCGAUUAUGCUUCUGUUCCAUCAAACUCAGUGUUUGAUAGAUGUUGGAUUGAGUUCUCCGGAUUGCUUUGCUGGGCUUCAAGUAUCAGCUCCGUCAUGUUCAGAUGUGAUGGAAUGGGAGAGCCUGCAUCUUCCUGGACAGCUUCCGGCAGAACAGUUUCAAAAGCAGGGGAGGUUUCUGAAAAAAAUUGGAAAUCCUCUGCUGUUGCUUUCAUGUCAACCUGUGCUCCAGUGGUGGUCAAGUGUUUCCUGGAUUUCUACACUAAUUUGUUUGGGAACACCACCCAAGUGGAGGCCAUUUGUACUAAUUAUCUGGCUGCUGGACCUACUGUCCCCAUUUCUGCCCACAGUACUUUGCUUGCCAGCGUGAGUCUUGAGGAGGUGAGGGAGGUGGUCUUUGAUAUUCGGAAUGAUAAGGCACCUGGUCCUGAUGGGUAUACUGCUGCAUUUUUCAAAAACCAAUGGCCUACUGUUGGGAAGGAUGUUUAUGAUGCUGUUUUAGAAUUCUUUACCUUUGGGAAGCUGCUGAAACAAAUCAAUCAUGCUAUGAUUGUUUUAUUACCCAAAUCUGCCCAUAAUCCAUCUGUAAAGGACUUUAGACCUAUUGCAUGCCUAAAUGUCCUCUACAAAAUUAUCACCAAAAUCCUUGCUAGGCGUAUGGCACCUCUACUGUCUGCCCUAAUUGAUCCAGCCCUAGGGGCUUUUGUCAAAGGGAGGUCACUUGUGGACAACUUGCUGUUGGCUCAACACCUGAUCAGGGAUUAUGCUAUUAAAAGGUGUACCCCUAGUUGCAUGAUCAAAUUGGACAUCACUAAGGCCUACAAUACAGUUUCUUGGAGCUUCCUCUGGGAUGUCUUGGUUGGUCUGGGUUUCCCAACCAGGUUUGCUGGCCUUAUUAUGGAGUGUGUUUCAUCAGCUUCCUCAUCCCUUAUGAUUAAUGGAAACUGCCACGGCUUUUUCAACAGCAAGCGUGGUUUGAGACAAGGGGAUCCCAUGGCACCGACCCUCUUUCUUUUUUGUAUUGAGUAUUUGUCUAGGGUACUCAAUACUAAAGCUAGAGAGGGUGUGUUUAAUUAUCACAAGGACUGCGUGGAGUUGGGGAUUACACACUUGGCUUUUGCUGAUGAUCUUAUGUUGUUUUCUCGGGGUGAUUUCCAAUCUGUUCAAAUUUUUAUGGAUGCACUUAGCCACUUCUCCAGUGUGUCAGCUGAUUAUGCCCCCUUGUUCAAAUCUGUGGACGGUUUCCUUUCCAAGUGGGCAACCUUGAAGCUUUCUUAUGCUGGGAAACUGGAAUUGAUUAGGGCUGUGAUUCAGGGGGUGCAGUCCUUUUGGCUACAGGCCUUCCCAGUCCAAAAGUACGUUCUGGAUCGCAUUACAGCUUUAUGCCGUAACGUCCUUUGGGGGAGUAAAUUUGCUAAAGUGGCUUGGGUUGAUGUUUGCGAACCCAAAACAGAGGGGGGGCUGGGCCUUAGAGAUGUCGGGAACUGGAAUAAUGCUAUGUUAUGCAAGCUUUUUUGGAAUCUCGAAGCAAAGAAAGAUUCUAUUUGGGUCAAGUGUGUCCAUUGUGUUUAUCUUAAACAGGAUGAUAUUUUGCAGUGGCAACCCAAGAAGAGGCAUACUGUCUUCUUUAAAAGGUUAGCCUAUGUGCGUGGGCUUUUGAUCCAAAAGCUUGGUGAUCAUAUUCCCUCUUUGGAAGUGGCUAUGCAAACUCUUUGUAUGAGAGGAAACCUUGUUCCGAGUAAGGUUUAUGAUUUGUUUAGGGUUAAGGCUAAUCCCAAGCCUUGGAUGUCCUUUAUGUGGCAUUCAACUAUUCCCCCAAAGUGCUCCUUUACGAUGUGGCUUGCACUUAGGAGGAGGUUGCCCACUAAAGCUAACUUGGAAUUCUUGGGUUUAGCCUUGGAUUGUACUCUGUGUGGUCAAGGCCUCGAGGAUGUGGAUCAUCUGUUUUUUCAAUGCUCUUUUUCAAGGCAGGUUUGAGCAGCUAUUAAGUUAUGGCUUGGAAUAGAGGGACAGUUGGGGU